UCAAUUUUAAUAAUGAAUUUUAGGAAAAUAUGUUCAGAGUUGUUUAAAACAAAUUUCAUUUUCCGAUCGAUAUCUCAAAUAUCGAUAAAACCCGAGACAAGGAUUCAGGACAUUCUUCGGCAACACUUCCCGAAGGCCACCGAAAUUGAGGUGAAGGACAUAUCGGGCGGUUGUGGCGCUAUGUUUGAGAUAUACGUCCAGACAAUUGAGUUCACGGGUCUUAACACACUUAAGCAACAUAUUAUGGUUAAUAAGGCACUUAAUCAACAAAUCAAAGAUAUGCACGGAAUCAGGAUUUAUACAUCACUUCCGCAAAAGUAGUCAUAUAUAUACAUCACUGGACAUCAAUUGAUUUAUAAU